GAACAAAAUUAAUAAAUAUAAAUAAUAUUCUUUUAUAUAUAUAUAAUAAUAAAAGUUAUAUAUUAUUCAUAUGCAAUAAUCACAAUAUCCAUCAAAAGUUGCUUAAUCUCGUUUAGUUCGUCCUGACGGUGAAGGUGGCCGUUAAAAAGCUCCUGUAAAAUCUUUAUAAGAAACUCAUAAAGAAAUGUUAAAAAAUAUUGAAUCUACAAAUAUAGGUAAACCUACAAUAGUUGAGGCUUAACGAAUAUUGAAAAUAAUAGAUAAUUUAUAUAUGAAUUUAUAAGUUUUUAGUUAUUUGGAUGCUGAAUUUGUUAACAAAUUUUUAGAUAUAACCAAAAACAAUAAACUUUCUAAAGAAUUAGUCUAAUAAUUGAGCCCUAAGUGUUUAGAAUUAUUAAAAUAAUAAGCCGAAAUUGAGUCUAAAUUUAAGCUCUAUGCACAUUUAUUAGACUAAGCAAGUAAAGAAGAGGAAGAAGUGGAAGAAGAUAAAAAAAUAGAAGCCGAAAAGUUAAGAAAAAUGCUCGAAAAUAACUUCAAAGACCUUAUUAGGUAUAUAAGAGGUAAUAAUUAAGACUUUGAAAUAAUAAAAAGCCUUAAACCUAAUAUAAAUCCAGAUUUAAAUGAUUUAGUACACUGUAUACACUGUUAAAGGGUAAUUAUGUUAAAGAAACUUUCCACAGCUUCAGAAGAAGAAGAAUCUCAUAAAAUUUAAUUAGAAGAACUUAUUUAAAGGAUUUGCUUUUAGGAAUAAAAAAGAAAUAAUUUCGAAUAAGAUUUAAAGAAAUUAAAAGAGGAAAGAUAGAAAUUUUAUAAAGAAAAAAAAGAUGAAAUUGAAAAAUUAAAAGCCGAAAUUGGAGAAGUUAAAGCUGAUAAAUUAAAAAAAGCAAAUUAAUUAAAAAAUGAAACUGAUUUAAGAAAAAAAUAAUUAGAAAAAAAUCAUGAAAGUGCUAAAGAAAGAUUAAAUAAAGAAUUAGAUAAAUUAAAAGAAGAAUUUAAUAAAUUAUAAGUAGAACAUGCUACUGAAGAAACUAAACUUAAAUAAAAAAAAGUUACUUCUUAAAAUGGGUUGGAGGAUAAUAUAAAGUAAUAUGAUGUUACUAUGGAAGAACUUCAUAAAAUUAAAAAAGAUUUAGAAGAUGAACUAUCUAAAAUUAAAGAAGAAUCAGAAAGUUUGAAAGAAGAUUUAGCUAAAGUGGACGAUGAAAAAUCAAGAGAAAAAGAAUUAUAUGAAGAAUUUAAAUUAAAAAAAGAAUAAUGGGAAAUUCAAGAAAGAAGAAAGAAAGAAGCUUCAAGGUGCAUUUUAAAUUAUUUAGUUUAAAAAAAAGGAUGGGACAUCCUAAAAAUUCACACAAAUAAAUAAUUUUCAGACUCAGAGUAACUAUUUGCUGCCGGAAUUUUAGAAAGUACAGCAUCUUUUGAUAUGAUAUAUGAUGCUUAUUUUAAUUAUUUAUAUGGAAUCUUAAACGGAAAUGAUUUGUUUUUAACUUUCGAUUAGUUUUAUUACCUUACUAAUAUGGGAGAUUUAGAAGAUAUAGUAAACGCAUUUAAAAAAACAAAUAAAACUUAAUAAAAUUGUAAUGCAUAUGUAAAAAUAACGCCAGAAGAUUUAAUUUGUGGACAUUCUACUUUUAAUAACUAUUCGUUAAUGUUAAGGAUUUAUAAAUAUAUCGAAAAUAAUUUUUCUAAUAAAGAUAUUUAAAGUAAUAAUUAAAGCUUUUCUAGUAGACCUGGCGAUUUAUAAAGUAAAGACGAUUUUUACACACUUAGUAGUGGUAUAGUAGUGAUGGAAACGAGUUUAAAUAACUAUAAUAUAAGCAAUUAUUAAAAUUUACAUUUUGAUAGCUUGCCUUGUUGGUUAAGAGCUAAUUUGGCGAAUAGACUGGCUAAAAAUGCAUCUGAUUGGGCUCAUAUUUUCUAAAAAUAUAGAAGUGGCACACACAAUAAUUAAUGGUUAGUAGUAGAUUAUAAUAAAUAUAGAAGUGGGUAAAAAAAAGAUAUUAUAUGGAUUGUUGAAGAAUCUUUUGAAUUAUUUAAAGCUAAAGAUGUAUCUGAUAUGUUGUUUUCUGAUGGAUAUUUUGCUAGUUAUAAUGUACCUUUUGAUUAAGAAAUAUAUAAUAGCACUAUGUAUAAAGAAGGUUAUGGAUUUAAUUAUUAAAAUGAUCCUAGGGCUAUUCUAUUUAAAGAACAUUCAAAAAAUGUGACUAAUACUUAAGGAGUUAUGGAAAUUAUUAGACUUAACCAUAAUGAAACAGGUAAUCCUUGUAAUUCACUUGCUCCUAGAUGUGAUUUAAUUUUAAAUGGACCUUAUUUAUUUGGAGGGAUAGAUGGAAAAGUCACUAAUAAUGAAUUAUUAAAAUAAAAUUAAGUACUAAUGAUAAGUGGGCCAACGUAGGAUGGAUUUGAAGCUUUUGAUUGGGGUAAAUGGUAAAAUUUUCCACAUAAAGGAAUGCCAGAGAAGUUUGAUUUUGAUUGGAUUAAAGUUAAUUUAGAUAAUUUUAAAGAAGAAUAAUUAAUUUAGAUUUAAUGAAAAUUUUAUUAGAUUU